UGAAACCGCAUCAUAGAGCAGUACAUCGCACCGUAAGUUUUAAUAGAUCAUUUUGCUGUAGUUCAAUAGAGCGCCAUUCAUUGCAUUCAUUCAAAAAAAUUACCCGCAUGCGCCCGAAUUCUUUGAUUUUCACUUUCAAUGACAUAGACGUACAAUGACACAGAUGACGUUCAUUGUCCUAUAUCCUGAAUCGAAGAAUUCGCAAGUCGCAAGGACUGUGUUUGUCUGGACAAAAGUGGAACUAUCAUUUAUCGAGACAAAUGGGAUGCAGUGUCAAAGGGAUAAUAAGCGAAUUAACAGAACGAAAAGUGAACAAAUGUACAAUUGAGCUGUGCGGAAAUGCAUCGAACGUUUACUAUUCCGGUCAAUUGAUCAGUGGCACGGUACAAUUAAUUUUGAAUGAGAAAAAGAAAGUUCGCGACAUUCUUGUAAAAGUUCUCGGUGUUGCCUAUGUACGUUGGAUCGAACCAAGAGGUCGAAAUGAUAACGUGAAUAAAGGCAAGGAAAUUAUUUUCGAUAAGAAAAUUGAGUUGAUUCAUGACAGCGAUGGUAUGGUAACGUAUUCGAAAUGCCUGAUACAGUCAAAUGAGCAUUCUUUUGUUAUUUCAUUAGAUACAGUUCAGCUGAUGCCCGGUUUGUACUAUUACCCAUUUGAAUGCAAAUUGCCACACUGUAUUCCAUCAUCACUUGAAUUGAAAUACGGAUACAUUCGGUACAAAGUUCAGACUGUUCUCGACAAUUUGUUGUGGUCUAGCGAAGAGUUCGAAAAGUUCUUUACCGUCAUUGGAGUAUCCGAACUGACGCCGCAUAUGCUCGAACCGGUCACUAUCCACAAUCAGAAAACAUUUAAUCUCUACUGCUACCUAAGCUGCAUUCCAUCAGAUCCAUUGGCAACGGUCGCAAAGAUUCCGUCUUGUGGCUAUUUACCACGACAGACCAUUGACUUGCAUCUACAUGUAAACAACAGGAGUACUCAACCAGUUAUUGAAUUUACCGUACAGUUAAUUCAAAAAAUACAAUACCAUACUCACACAAACAGUUCUCGAAAGAAAAUUGACAAAAUCGUUUUGAAACAAGAAUAUCGAGAAGGAUGCAAACCGGGUGAAGUACAAGAGAUGGAUGUGAAUAUUGUGGUUCCAACCGUUCCGCCGAGUCAGAAUACGUAUUGCAACAUCAUAAAAAUCGAUUAUUUUAUUCGAAUUAUAGUAUCGGUACCAUGGUUCCACUCGGAUUCAGAACUGUAUUUACCCAUAAAUAUCGGUUCAGGUCCGAUACAAGACGAUCCAACCGUGCCAGCUUGGAUAAAUCCGUUGGCAAAUGACUUUUGAAAACUCUACUGUGGAAGACUUCAACAUUGACAAUAAUUAGUAUUUAAUGUGUGUGUAUUUAAUUCCAACGCACUUCAAGCAAAAGUGCUUCGAGUGACAGCUGCUAAAUAUGAACUAUUUUGUAUGGAAAAUGGUUCCAAAGUUUUUUACAGUGCCAAAAUUUGUUUGAUACACUGUCCAAUUUCAGUACUUUAUACAUCAGUCAAUUCACUCAUGCUUGAGUGCGUUGGUAAUUCUGAUCAAUAUUUUUUCAAUAAAUUUUUCGUCUGAUUAUGUUUUGGUGAAAUUGUUGAGCUGUUUAAUAUGUGGGCCCAAAAAGACCUCUGGAAAUCUUUGAAGGCCGAUCACCAAUUUU